GAAAAAAUCAAGUGGUUUGAAGGAGACGCCAAAACUAGCUUGCGUUUGUGGAGCAUCAAUGGAACCCACAAACGAGUUACCAACUCAGCAUCAGCGUUGAAUCUACGCACCGCCCCAAUUUCCAAAUUACCAUCUUUACGUAAUUGGAAUCCAAUUUCAAUUUCUGUUUUGAUUUUAGUCUCACUCAUCAUCAUCUUUAUUCCCAUUUUGUGGUUUACCUUCUACAAUCCACACAACAAAAACCCACUUCCAUUUCUCCAUUUUCUUCAACUCGAUUUCACUCAUGUCGUUCAGAUUCCGAGGAGGAGGAGGGGCGAAUGCUUCUUCUGGAAUGGGUGUUGCUGAACACUGUAAAUGCACCUUCUUGGAACUGCAAAGAAAAAAGGCUCAUCGUUACGUGAUCUUCAGAAUCGACGAGAAGAAAAACGAAGUUGUUGUCGAAAAGACCGGAAAUCCUGCCGAAAGCUAUGACGAUUUCACGUCGGCUUUGCCGGAGAACGACUGCAGAUACGCGCUCUAUGACUUCGACUUUGUUACCUCUGAGAACUGUCAAAAAAGCAAGAUCUUUUUCAUCGCUUGGUCUCCUGCAACCUCUAAGAUUCGAGCAAAGAUGUUAUAUGCAACAUCCAAAGACCGUCUCAGACACGAGUUGGAUGGUGUCCAUUACGAGAUUCAAGCAACGGACCCUACGGAAAUGGAGCUUGAAGUGCUCAAAGAACGCGUAUACUGAUUGGUUAGCUUUCUUGAACUUGAAAGUUGCAAACCGAUUUCUCCGCUUCUUUCUAGCAGAAAGAAGUUAGUAUGUUCCGAAUAAAUGGCGCCCACAUGACAAUAAGACGAACACAACCAAUUCUUGACGGGCUGCGCCAAUGUUUUCGACCAAUUAUUGUAAGACUCCUCCCAAUAUUUAUGCUUUACAAAUUAGUAUGUAAUCAAUGACCUAUAGAUAUACAUAUAUAUAUAUAUAUGUAGUUGGCUUUUGAUUCUAUCAUCUUCUUGAUGCUAUUAGUUUGUUAGAUACAAAUAUAAAACCGAUCCCGGUUUGAAGAUCUAA